GCUCAGCUCAAAAGCCCGAUCACUCACACACCAAGUCUACACACACCUCCCAGGCGCGCGAGACGGACGCCAGAGUCUGAGCGGAGCGCCGGCAGCGAGAGGAGCCCUCACCCACGGAGACACGCGGGGACGCAGCGGUGCCGCAGGAGGUGGCGGGACGGACGCGAGAGACAUUUAGGGAACCAAGAGCCCAGCACUUUUUAUUGCUCCUCAUUUAUGAUUCCGUUGAAUCAGAUUGACAGACCGAGGCUUCCGACGGCUUCCACAGCUGCCAGCGGGGACUCCAGCUCGCUGCCGCCGAACCGGGAGCGGAGAUCCGACCCUCGCGUGCGCAAAAUACGCGGGGCGGCGUAGAAGGAAAUACCGGCACUGGGUCGGAACCCAUCCUGUGUGCGGGAUCUCCGGAGCGCAGAUACCGCCGCUCAGCUGCUGGGUUCAAGCAGUAUUGAUCAAGGAGUUUGAAUACGAGUUUGGAUGCGGUUUAGCGCUGACUGGACACACUUGAAACUCAAAGGGCAACACGUAUUUGAAUCCGAAUCACCUUAAGGACAUGUAGUUGGCACAAAGUCUCAUCCACUGAUGGUUGAAUAAACGCCGUCGGAUUAUUGCUGAGGUGGUCUAGUUUUGGCUACUGCCGGCGGUUUUCGGGGUGGAUUUUUUACAGCAGUAGAAGCGAUACACAACGUAUUGGGAACAUUAGAAACUUUAAAGCUCGACACGAGUUUCUGCAUCACUCAAGAUGGAUUUUGUGCCGUCGUUGAUUGGAUUUUUAUUGGCACUGUGUCGUCUGACGUCGCGAGUCGGAGGAGAAGAGGCCACCGAGUGCGGCGGCGUGCUAGACGCCAGCAAGGCGGGCUACAUCACCUCGCCCGGCUAUCCGCUGGAGUACCCCCCUCACCAGAACUGCCACUGGAUCAUCACGGCGCCGGAGCCCUCCCAGCGCAUCAUCGUCAACUUCAACCCGCACUUUGAGAUCGAGAGGCUGGACUGCAAGUACGACUUCAUCGAGAUCCGCGAUGGAACCUCCGACAACGCCGACGUUCUGGGUCGACACUGCAGCAACAUCGCGCCAGCGCCGAUCAUUUCGUCGGGCUCCUCCCUUCAGAUCCGAUUCGUCUCCGACUACGCCCACCAGGGGGCAGGCUUUUCUCUGCGCUAUGAGAUCUUCAAAACAGGGUCGGAGUUCUGCUUCCGCAACUUCACCAGCCCCACCGGCAUGAUCGAGUCGCCGGGCUUCCCGGACAAGUACCCCCACAAUCUGGAGUGCUCCUACAUGAUCAUCGCGCCGCCCCACAUGGACAUCACCCUCACGUUCCUGACCUUCGACCUGGAGAACGACCCCCUGCUGGUGGGGGAGGGCGACUGCAAGUACGACUGGCUGGACGUGUGGGACGGCCUGCCACAAGUGGCGCCUCUGAUUGGCCGGUACUGCGGGACCAAGAUCCCGCCGGAGAUCCAGUCGUCGUCGGGGCUGCUGUCCCUCUCCUUCCACACCGACAUGGCCGUGGCCAAAGACGGCUUCUCGGCUCGCUACAACAUGACGCACAAAGAGGUCACCGACUCGUUCCACUGCAGCAUGGCGCUCGGGAUGGAGUCGGGGAAGAUCAGCGACGACCAGAUCAGCGCUUCCACGUCCUUCUACGACAACCGCUGGCUGCCGCGGCAGGCCCGCCUCAACAACGACGACAACGCCUGGACCCCCUCCGAGGACAGCAACAAGGAGUACAUACAGGUCGACCUGCAGUUCCUCAAGGUUUUGACGGGCAUCGCCACCCAGGGAGCGGUUUCCAAGGAGACUCAGAAAUCCUACUAUGUCACCACCUUCAAACUGGAGGUCAGCACCAACGGGGAGGACUGGAUGGUGUACCGACACGGCAAGAACCACAGGGUCUUCCACGCAAACACCGACCCGUCCGAGGUGGUCCUGAACCGGGUCCCGCAGCCCGUCCUGGCCCGCUUCGUCCGCAUCCGGCCCCAGUCUUGGAAGAACGGCAUCGCCCUGCGCUUCGAGCUCUACGGAUGCCAGAUUACAGAUGCUCCGUGUUCAGACCUGCAGGGCCUGCUGUCCGGACUGCUGCCCGAUGCCCAGAUCUCCGCCUCCUCCAGCAGGGACAUGGUGUGGAGCCCCGGGACGGCCCGUCUGGUGGCCAGUCGCUCUGGCUGGUUCCCCGCCCCCGCGCAGCCGCUGGCUGGAGAGGAGUGGCUACAGGUGGACCUGGGUUUACCCAAGACGGUGCGCGGCGUGAUCACCCAGGGAGCGAGGGGAGGCGACGCAGGGAGCGGAGCCACCGCGGAUAACCGGGCUUUUGUUAGGAAGUACAAAGUAGCGCACAGCGUCAAUGGAAGAGACUGGAAUUUCAUCAUGGACAGCAAGACCAGCCUGCCCAAGAUCUUCGAGGGGAACACGCACUACGACACGCCAGAGCUGCGUCACUUCGACGAGACGGUGGCCCAGUACGUCAGGCUGUACCCAGAGAGGUGGUCCCCGGCGGGGAUCGGGAUGAGGGUGGAGAUCCUCGGCUGCGACCAUCCCGAAACCUCCACGCCUGCAGACACCGUCGCUCCAACGGUGCCCGAGGACGCAGAAACGACCACGGUCCCCAUAACGACCACAGCAGCUACGUCCCCACCGGCAGUCAGCGCGUGUGACUUCGACCACGGCCUGUGCGGCUGGACCCACGACCCCAGCGCCCCUCUCUACUGGUCCCUGCACAGCCACGAGCUCAACAGCUACCUGUACGUGGACGCCAGCCUGAAGAUGGAGCAGCAGCGGGCCCGGCUCGUGAGCCCCGUGGUGCCGGCGGAAACCGGGCCGCUGUGCCUCCUCUUCUCCUACCAGCUCUCGGGGGAGGCCCAAGGUCACCUGAAGGUCCUGCUGCGGGACGCUCACAACCAGGAGACCCUCAUUUGGACGCUGAAGGACGAUCAGGGCCCCGUGUGGAAGGAGGGUCGCACCAUCCUGCCUCGCUCCCCUAAAGACUUCCAGGUUGUCAUGGAGGGGUUCUUUGUGCACGGCACCAGAGGGCACAUCUGGAUCGACAACAUCCACAUGAGCUCCAGCACCCCUCUGAAGGAGUGUACACAACCCUUCGCGGCGUUUUCACCAGAAAGUCCAGGGGGAGGCGUUCCUGUGCCUCCCUUGCCCAUCCACUGGUAUUACAUAAUGGCCGCCGGAGGCGCCCUCCUUCUCCUGGCUGUGGCCAUCUUGGUCAGAGCCCUCUGUUGCUGCCGACAACACCUGGCCACCAAGAAGAGCCAGCUGUCAGUGACCUAUCACAGCUCCUCGCAGUGUUUCCAGUAUUCUAACUGGUCCUCCAGUAUGGCUACCCCAGGGGUGGAGCCUGUCCUGACAGUGAGGUUGGACAGCCGGGACAGACAUCGUACCCUCUGCUGAACGAAGCACUUAGCGGCAUUGUGUUCGGCAGAGCGGGACGCCCACUUGUGAUUUCGGUGGCGGAGUGUGUCGUGAUGCUGCAGGAUUGACCCAACAUCCACUCCUUCCUUUAGUUUACAGUUACCAGGGUGAUGGUGACACAGACCUAAACUGCCAAGAGGAAAUUUGUAAAGAAGCACUGUGCUCUCUGCCUCCGAUGGACGUGGCUUUGGUAGCUGUUUUCAUCUUUGUUCCAUUAAGGAGUUUGCUGUUGACAUUUCACACUACGCUGCUCCUGGUGAGAGGACUGAAGAGUUAUUUAUCUGAACAGCCUGUUUCAGACCAUUGAGUGCCGUCUGGCUCCUCGUAACCCCAACGGUCCUCUUGGAAUGACCCCAGCACGGACAAGCACCCAGACAUGUGUGGGCUGGGAGGAGGAGGAGGAGGUUAAGCCAGUUCUGUUGCAAGAGCCAGCCAGAGAUGCCAAACCACAGGCUAAAACAAGACCCCAGAGACAUAAGGAGCGUUGCAGCGUUGAGACAGAGAGGAGAAAACUGUUAGGCUGAGAGGCGUUCAGUGUGCGCUAGCUGUGGAAAGGAUCUGGCAAGCCCCAGAAAAUAAAGCUCUCGGUAUCUCUGUAAUAACAACACGAGAUCGCCGCGAUACGAGCCGCGCUAAUCGCGAGGGAGACUAAAUCCUUCCAUUGUCCUUUUCAACGGAGCAUGUGCACCUUUAAAAACAAAGGAAUGCAAAUCCAUCAUACUUAAAGUCCUGCAUCGCAGAUGGAGAUAACCGGCUCGAUUGAUUGAACGCCUGCGUCUUCUGCUGAUAAAGCCAUCAGCGGCUGAUGGAUGCAGCCUUCCUCAGUGUUUAGUGUUUCAUCUUGAUUCUCUGUCGUAAUAAAGCACGUCGUUCCACUCCCGCUUUAUGUUUCGUGCCCCCUCCCAGUCCCGCUGUUCCUGUGCCGGCGUGGCCCAGAUGACAGCCGCGGUGAGCCGAGGCCUUGUAGUGUUUUCAGUGUGAAUAUCUGCUUGUUGUUUUUCGGGGGGGGCGUUGUAAAUAGACACAGCUGUCUGCCGUCACCACUUCGUUCUAGACUUAGACUCCUACAAAUCCCACAAUGCUGCUGUACCAGCUGGAAGCCAUACGCGCGGUGCUCCGCUGCAAGUCUGCGGGAUCCAGCGCGUAAUAAGAACCAGAACAGUGCCGCCGCUAUCGAUGAUCUGUCCUUCGGUGCCAUAAGACGCCGCUAAUGGCUGUUAGCAAAAGCAUAUUACACAUAUCGCACAUGUAAAAGCCUAUUUUAACUCGAAGACUCUCAAAACGCGAGACACAAAUUGGCAUCAAUCAUCCUCUAAUCAGUCCGUACAGAGGAGCCAAGGCUUGACAGGAGCUCAGUUAAUGCCCUGGAUUGAACGAAAUUGAGGGUUUCGCUCCGUGGCUUAACAGGUUGCGAAUCCGCGGUGUGUCACAGCGGCAGAAAUCCAUCAGCUGCUCGCCCCACAGCCCGGCAGAACCCACCUCCAUUUGUUGCCACAAUUUAGAAGCUGCACUUUUCUCUCCGGAGUGUAAAAUGUGUUUUUCUGGCACAGCCUCACAAUGUGCUUUUAAAUCAACAUGGGGAGGGGGGACUGGUCACCCUGCUCGCUCCAUCUCCACACCAUUACGCUCCAAGCCCCUAAUAGUUGUAAUUAGUUAAUGGACAGAUAACAUUUAUUAAGGCUGCGCUAAGCACUUUUUCCCUCCCAUCCGCCGCACCUCCGUCGCCCAAUCCGCUGCCAACUCGAGUUGCCCUGGAAACAGCAUUAAUAACGCCAUUGGCCGUCCAAGACCUCCAGAUCUAUACCCGCCGCGGUGCCAAGCAGCUACUCCCACUCCUGAACGCCUGCCAAGAGCCGAGAGCGCAAACACACUCGCACACACGACGCGCGGGAAGCGAAGAAGAAAAACCCUCGCCUAAAGUCCACUCGAGCUUCGGGGCCGCGGCAGCGCGCUAGUUUGAGCCGCACUCGUAAUCUUCCCGUUCGCUCGCACACUUCUCGGCCCUCGGCCCACGCCUCCUGGCACUGGCAGCGAGGCGGAGGAGCCCCACUUCCCAACUGUUGACUUGCGUUGCCACUGGCGCAUCCCUCCCGACAGUAACGGUGUCUAUGAUUUAACCAGUGAUGAUCACGGGUGAUGUUAAUGAUCUGAUGAUAUGUUUGCAUUUUUACCCACAUGGAAUGAACAGUCUUAUACCAUCAGUAUCUUAUGUGAUGACUGUGUGUGAAGAAUGUAAAAUAAUGAGCUUUCUCUAUAAAUAAAGUCAUAUUUUUCUAUUAUUA